UCCAGAACGCUCACGUAUGCUGGCACGAACGGAUCCAUCCCGAUACUUGUGCUGGAUCCGAACACAUACAUGCAACAAAAGAAUCACGCACGCACCAAGCAACAUGGUUUCCAAGAACACCAAGACACUCGUCUUCCUCGCGGCGCUGCUGCUCGCGUGCGCCGGCACGACUAGCAGCGCGGCGAGACACCUCGAGGAGGCGGCGCCUGAGGAGCACCCGGCCGUGCCGGAGCUGCCAGUGCCAGAGCACGAGCUGCCGCCGCUGCCCAAGGUCGAGCUGCCACCGAAGCCGGAGCUGCCCCCGUUCCCAGAAGUGCACCUGCCGCCGAAGACUGAGCUGCCUCCGAUCCCCAAGGCGGAGCUGCCCCCCAAGCCCGAGAUGCCCGGCGUCCCCGAGUUCCACUUCCCGGAGCUCAAGACGAAGCCGUGACCUGGAUUACGUCCAUGAUCCAACUGUGUGCGUCCCUGCCGUAUUAAGCUGGGCGUGUGGAUAGUUUUUUUUGCCCGGAGUGUGCCGCCGCUGAUCGAGCUCGACGUCGUUCUUUGUGUCGUGCAGUGUGUGAGUGGUGUUGUCCUGAGUACUGAGUAAUCUCGUGAUGUAUAUGUACGUGGGCAUGCACAUAUAUUUAGACACGAUGCUAGAUUGUUGUACUCAAGGAGCCUUGGUGGUGUGCUGCA